AUGGCAGGACCUUCCCCUUCUCCCCACAAACCACGGCGGAAGGUCAAAAAGACGAGCAAUAGCAGCGAGGUCUCUUCCGUCGCGCCAUCAACAACUGGACGAUCAAGUACCAGUCGUCCAGCGUAUCCUCUCGCGGCCUUCCUCUGGCCAGCGCGCAGCUCAGUCUCACAAUGGGAGAUUCUGCCAUUGAUAUUGAUGGCCGCCGGGCUGUUCAGAUGGGCGGCAGGUCUCUGGGGAUAUUCAGGUUUCCAAAACCCUCCUAUGCACGGCGACUACGAAGCUCAGAGACAUUGGAUGGAGAUCACGACCCAAUUACCUGUAUCCCAAUGGUACUUCCACGACCUCGAAUGGUGGGGACUCGAUUAUCCUCCUUUGACUGCAUACCAUAGCUGGGUUUUGGGCAAGGUUGGAGCCCUCAUUGACCCGUCAUGGUUCACCCUACAUACAUCUCGAGGACUCGAUGAUCCUAUCUUGAAAGUCUUUAUGCGGGCGACUGUUAUUAUUUCCGAAUACCUCAUCUACAUACCUGCUGCCGUCAUAUUCGUCCGCCGGCUCACGCGGCUCCAGGGGAUUAAUUCAUGGAAUGCUUCAAUUGCAUUGACAGCGAUCCUGAUGCAGCCUGGUACAAUUCUCAUCGACCAUGUCCACUUCCAAUACAAUACUGUGAUGCUUGGGCUGGUGUUGGCGAGCAUGUCGAGUGUUUUGGCAGGCAGAUACAUGUGGAGUUCCGUCUUCUUCGUACUGGCACUGGGAUUCAAGCAGAUGGCUUUAUACUAUGCGCCAGCCAUAUUCGCAUACCUCUUGGGAGUGUGCAUAUUCCCUCGCAUCAAUGUGCCACGGUUUCUGGGAAUUGCUAUUGUCACGAUGGUCUCGUUCGCGGUACUCCUCCUACCUCUUUUACUCGGAGCUUUCUACGACGCCUAUCGAGGAAUUGAGGCAAGACCCGAGACAUUUGGGCGCUUUGCCCCUCUGCCAAUCUUUACCGAAUAUUCAUACUUAGUGAACUAUCGAGCAUGGUACUUUCCGAUCAUACAGCAGCUGGCGCAGGUGAUUCAUCGUGUCUUCCCAUUCGCAAGAGGACUUUUCGAGGACAAGGUUGCCAAUUUCUGGUGUGCUCUAAAUGUGGUCAUCAAACUACGAAACUACCCCUCCGAACUGCUACAAAAGGCUGCGUUGGUUGCUACACUUGUAGCUAUUACACCAGGAUGCUUCAUUAUCUUUUUGAAGCCUCGAAAGGAACUUUUGCCAUUGGCACUAGCCACCACAGCAUGGGGAUUCUUUCUGUUUAGUUUCCAGGUACAUGAGAAGAGUGUCUUGUUACCUCUAAUGCCAAUGACGGUUCUGCUAGCAAGCAAUCACGGAUUGAGCAAAAACGUUCGUGCUUGGAUUGGAUUCGCAAAUCUACUUGGAGUCUGGACAAUGUUUCCUCUCCUUCAACGUGUAGAUCUCCGCAUACCGUAUUAUGUUCUCACACUUCUGUGGGCCUAUCUCCUAGGUCUUCCUCCGACAUCUUUCGCGAUAUAUAAACAAGAUGGACAGCCUACCUGGUCAGGAUUUGCAACCUCAUCGCUGCACUGCAUAUUUUACGCCGCGAUGAUACUCUGGCAUUUUAUGGAAGCAUUCUUGGCCCCGCCCCACGGAAAACCAGAUCUCUGGGUGGUCGUUAAUGUUGGAAUAGGAGCAGCAGGAUUCAGCAUCUGCUAUCUGUGGUGCCUGUGGAAUUUAGUGGUGGAAAGUGGGCUUGUGAACCUUUCGACGCCAGAAAAGAAGAAAGCAAAGUCUCAGUAA